GCCACCGCUCCGCCGCAGCCUCUCGGGGUUUUUUUGUUGCGUUUUUUGAGUCUUCUGAAAGGAAAAAACCGGCGCGCACACUUCUAGUUCCAGUCCAGUCCGGUUGAACCCUCUCGAAUUUCACCUUCUCUGCCCGCCUGGAACAUUGUGUCCUUUUUUCGAAAUGACCGCAAAGCAUCGCAAAGGGAAAGGCGCACACAAGCACGAAGACGAUGGCCUGUUCAAAAGCGACGCGGCGCAGUCCGAAGUUGGCGCUGGGCUCAACAGCUGCGCUCUCCUCCUGGCUUUAUUCCUGCUGAUCGUGAUUGGCGGCGCCACCGGCGCCUGGUUCUGCUUCCAGCAGCACCAAACUUUAACCUACUUAACGGACAAUCUCAUGGGCAUGCAGAUGAAAAUAGUGAAACUGCAGUCCUCCCAUGAAGCAAUGCGGCAGUCAAGCAGUGAGCAGCACGCGUCAGAGGGCCUGGAGACCCGGCUGGAUGCCCUGGAGGAUUCCUACGCGCUGGCCCAGAAACAGGUGGGCGUGGCCCUGGCGACGGCCGAGCAGCUCAAGACGUCAGAGCUCCCCACCCAGGUGCUGUCGCUCCACACGGAGAUGAGAGCCCGCCUGGCGGAGAUGCGGCAGGCCAGCGUGUCCCCGGAGCAGCUGAGCCAGCUGCAGGCCGCGCUGAGGGGGAAGAGCGACGAGUUCGAGGGCGUCAGGAUUCAGGUGGGCGGCCUGGCGGCGCUGAGCGCCGAGCUGUCCCGGGAGGUCCGGGGCUUGGCGGGCGGCGCCGGGGAGGCGGAGUCGCGGCUCGAGGAGACGGCGGGACGGGUCGCCGCGCUGAGCGCCACCUUGGACGGACGAGCCGCCGAGGUGCUCGGCCUGAAGGAGCGGCUGGACGCCUACCGGGCUCAGCUCGAGGCCAGCACCCUGGAGAUGGCUGCUGUCAGAGGGUUGCUCGAGAGUGAACAGUCGCAGCGGCUCCAGCGGGCCAGUGAGGAGGAGGAGCCGCCCAGUACGGCGGAGGGACAGACGGAGGAAGAGACAGCGGAAGAAGAGGAAGCUGCAGCAACUGAAGAAGAGGCACUUCCCGCAGAUGUAGAACAAGAGGCGUCCAACCCAGAAGAAGAGGCACUUCCUGUAGAGGAAGAGGUGUCUAACCCAAAAGAAGAGGCACUUCCUGCCGACGUAGAGGAAGAGGUGUCUAACUCAGAAGAAGAGGCACUUCCUGCAGAUGUAGAGGAAGAGGUGUCUAACCCAGAAGAAGAGGCACUUCCUGCAGACGUAGAGGAAGAGGUGUCCAACUCAGAAGAAGAGGCACUUCCUGCAGACGUAGAGGAAGAGGUGUCUAACUCAGAAGAAGAGGCACUUCCUGCAGACGUAGAGGAAGAGGUGUCUAACCCAGAAGAAGAGGCACUUCCUGCAGCCGUAGAGGAAGAGGUGUCCAACUCAGAAGAAGAGGCACUUCCUGCAGACGUAGAGGAAGAGGUGUCCAACUCAAAAGAAGAGGCACUUCCUGCAGACGUAGAGGAAGAGGUGUCCAACUCAGAAGAAGAGGCACUUCCUGCAGACGUAGAGGAAGAGGUGUCUAACCCAGAAGAAGAGGCACUUCCUGCAGACGUAGAGGAAGAGGUGUCCAACUCAGAAGAACAGGCACUUCCUGCAGACGUAGAGGAAGAGGUGUCUAACCCAGAAGAAGAGGCACUUCCUGCAGACGUAGAGGAAGAGGUGUCUAACCCAGAAGAAGAGGCACUUCCUGAAGACGUAGAGGAAGAGGUGUCUAACCCAGAAGAAGAGGCACUUCCUGCAGACGUAGAGGAAGAGGUGUCUAACCCAGAAGAAGAGGCACUUCCUGAAGACGUAGAGGAAGAGGUGUCCAACUCAGAAGAAGAGGCACUUCCUGCAGACGUAGAGGAAGAGGUGUCCGACUCAGAAGAAGUGGCACUUCCUGCAGACGUAGAGGAAGAGGUGUCCAACUCAAAAGAAGAGGCACUUCCUGCAGAGGAAGAGGUGUCCAACUCAAAAGAAGAGGCACUUCCUGCAGAUAUAGAGGAAGAGGUGUCCAACUCAAAAGAAGAGGCACUUCCUGCAGACGUAGAGGAAGAGGUGUCUAACCCAGAAGAAGAGGCACUUCCUGCAGACGUAGAGGAAGAGGUGUCUAACCCAGAAGAAGAGGCACUUCCUGAAGACGUAGAGGAAGAGGUAUCCAACUCAGAAGAAGAGGCACUUCCUGCAGACGUAGAGGAAGAGGUGUCCAACUCAGAAGAAGAGGCACUUCCUGCAGACGUAGAGGAAGAGGUGUCCAACUCAAAAGAAGAGGCACUUCCUGCAGACGUAGAGGAAGAGGUGUCCAACUCAGAAGAAGAGGCACUUCCUGCAGAUGUAGAUGAAGAGGUGUCUAACCCAGAAGAAGAGGCACUUCCUGCAGACGUAGAGGAAGAGGUGUCCAACUCAGAAGAAGAGGCACUUCCUGCAGACGAUGAGGAAGAGGUGUCUAACCCAGAAGAAGAGGCACUUCCUGCAGACGUAGAGGAAGAGGUGUCCAACUCAGAAGAAGAGGCACUUCCUGCAGACGUAGAGGAAGAGGUGUCUAACCCAGAAGAAGAGGCACUUCCUGCAGACGUAGAGGAAGAGGUGUCCAACUCAGAAGAAGAGGCACUUCCUGCAGACGUAGAGGAAGAGGUGUCUAACCCAGAAGAAGAGGCACUUCCUGCAGACGUAGAGGAAGAGGUGUCCAACUCAGAAGAAGAGGCACUUCCUGCAGACGUAGAGGAAGAGGUGUCUAACCCAGAAGAAGAGGCACUUCCUGCAGACGUAGAGGAAGAGGUGUCUAACCCAGAAGAAGAGGCACUUCCUGCAGACGUAGAGGAAGAGGUGUCUAACCCAGAAGAAGAGGCACUUCCUGAAGAUGUAGAACAAGAAGUGUCCCACUCAGAAGAAGAGGCACUUCCUGCAGACGUAGAGGAAGAGGUGUCCAACUCACAGGAAGAGGCACAUCCUGCCGACGUCCAACAAGAGGCGUCCGAGGAAGAGGAAGAGGCAGAUGAAGGAGGAGACGCCGCUGCACAGGAGGAAGCAGCUGUCGAGCAGGAGGACUCUGUGACUGAUGAAACUGCUCCUGCAGAGGAGGUGGAGGCCGUAAAGGAGGAUCAAAUGGAGCAAGACGAGCCGGGCGCCUUACCAGAAAAGACGGCAGAGGGGGAGCAGAUUGAAGAAGAGCCUGAAGAGGAGAACCAGGAAGCUGAUGAAGAGGCGAGGCACACAGCAGCAGAGGAGGAGGAGGAGGAGGAAGAGGAGAUGUUGUCUGAAGGAGAAAAUGGACUGGGAGGGGAGGAAGUGACAGAAAGAGAGGAAGAACAGCAGGAUGUAGCAGCUGAAGAGGAGGCAGAGGAGACGGAUGAAGAAGAGGAGCCAUUAGAAAAUGAUGAUUUACCAGGAGAUGAAUGUGAGUGA